UCUCCUCCCAGGCCCAAAGCUCAGAGCUCUACUGGAGUCUCCUUUGAACCGCAAGUGAACUCCAGGGUUGCGCUCGCUCUUGCGGCUGCCCCCUCUGCCUCAGGGUGAAGUCUCACUCAGCUCGGGUCUCCCCAGGGGAGCGCGGCUCCGGCUGCAGCCAGGCUCGGAGCAUCCUAGCUAUCUUCCCCGCCCGCCGGGUGCUGCUUUUUAACCCACAGCGCUUCAUCCCCCCCUACCCCACCCCACACUCCGUCCUGCGGGUUGGAGCACGAUUCUCAUGUGACUUUCCCCCUUUUCAUGGACAGUACCUGCACCUUUAGCAGUUCGGAGCUGGCUUCUGUUUUCCGUUAGUGCUUUGCUGCAGGGACAGAUGCAUACAAAUGCAUUUAGGAGCCUACAGGACAAGGCAUGGAAAGGUCUCCCCCACCACAAAAACGAAACCGCUUCUUCGUUUCAUUGUACUAUGUGUGGCGUGGAUCACUGUUCGUGCACAGGGGCAAGGCAUAGAUAUUCUUCAUCAACUAGGCCUUGGAGGCAAAGAUGUAAGAUACACGUCAUCAGUGAUGGCUGUGCCGUCAUCCCCACCAUUACCUCAGGGGGUCCGUUUAACAGAAUGUGGUGUCAUUCUGAAAAAUAAUGCAUACAUUGAGUCACCUCUCGUGAACAUUUUGCCAGUUAGCUUAAGGCAGCCACUAACAAUAUUGAUUGCAUUGCAAUCACGUAAAGUGAACAAUGCCUUUCUCUUCAGCAUUCGAAAUAACAAUCGACUGCAGUUAGGAGUGCAGUUGCUACCUAAGAAACUAAUGGUGCAUGUUGGAGGAAAGCAAUCAGUAACUUUCAACUACAGUGUCCAUGAUGAACAGUGGCACGCAUUUGCCAUCACUGUUAGCUACCGAGUUGUCUACAUGUUUGCUGAAUGUGGAAAGAGAUAUUUCAGUGGAGAGACUCCUUCUGAAGUUCAGACCUUUGACCUUCAUGGUGUGCUUACCUUGGGAAGUAUGAAUAAUAAUUCUGUCCACUUUGAGGGAACGGUGUGCCAGCUGGACAUCAUUCCUUCCACAGCAGCAUCGGCCGACUAUUGCAGAUACGUGAAACAGCAGUGCCCCCCAGCAAACACAUCCCAAGAGGAAACAAUCCUCCCUCACAUGGCAGUAACUCCAACCAGACACCCUGAGCACACGCCCUUGCCCAAAGCACUUGAUGAAUCAGAAUUGCCACAGAAGACAUGCGCAGAUGGCAAAAGCAAUCCAAAUAACAGAAAUAAUAGUUCUGCCACAGUACAUGAAAGCCAAGAGCACCAGACACCAAGGUCUCCUUUGAUUUCUUUCCAUUCAGGAAACAUCUCAGCUGUGACUCUUCCAAACUACAGAGUUCAAGCUCAAGAAAUCACCACUCAGGAAGAGACAGAUUUAAGCCUGCCACUGUCCCAUCACCACUCUAAUGAGACCAGAAUGAGUACAGAGGGGAGAUUCAGCCCUCCCUUAGCUGGAUCAGAUAACGUCACCCACCACGAAGAGGAAGCAGCUGGCCUGCGCCUGCCUAAGAAGGCACCAUCUAGGAUUGCACACACGAAGCAAGACACAAUGACUAAUCUCAAGAAGGCUCUCUCAGCCAGUCUACACACCAACGAACUAAUGGAAAUGGAACGGGUUCUAAAUACCACCUUGUACAGAGUGACACAUGGGCCCUCUGUGGAAAAUCACCUUGAACUAAAGAAGGAAGACGAACUUUACCCAGAUGCUACUUAUCCCAGUGAAAAUAGCUAUGAAACCCAGUUUUAUGGUUAUUAUUAUUAUGAGGAUUAUAAUGCAACGCUUGACAUGGACUAUCUGAGAGGGCCGAAAGGGGAUGCUGGACCUCCUGGUCUCCCUGGUCCGAUGGGAAUCCCAGGGCCACCAGGCAAGAGAGGCCCACGGGGUAUUCCGGGACCCCACGGAAACCCUGGGUUACCUGGGUUGCCAGGCCCGAAGGGCCCCAAAGGAGAUCCUGGGUUGUCCCUAGGCCAAGCUGCUUCUGGAGAAAAGGGUGACCAAGGUCCUUUUGGUUUAGUGGGGCCCCCUGGCUUCCAAGGUGAAAAGGGUCUCAAAGGACAUCCAGGCCUCCCCGGACUCCGAGGUGAACAAGGAAUCCCAGGACUCCCUGGUAGCAUUGGCUUACCUGGCUACCCUGGCAGGCAGGGUUUAGCCGGACCCGAAGGUAACCCAGGCCCUAAAGGCGUCCGAGGUUUCAUUGGCUCUCCUGGAGAGGCAGGGCCGCUGGGACCUGAAGGAGGAAGGGGCGCUCCUGGGAUCCGUGGGAAGAAGGGUCUGAAGGGAAGACAGGGGUUUCCGGGUGACUUUGGAGACAGAGGCCCUGCCGGUCUGGAUGGCAGUCCUGGGCUUGUAGGUGGCAUUGGACCCCCUGGAUUUCCUGGCAUUAGGGGAAGUGUUGGUCCCGCAGGACCAAUUGGACCUCCAGGAGCUCCUGGCCCGAUGGGCCUUUCAGGAAAUAGAGGACCACCUGGAAUCAAAGGUGAUAAGGGUGAGCAAGGCAUGGCGGGAGAGCCAGGAGAACCUGGGUAUCCUGGAGACAAGGGCACCAUUGGGUCGCCAGGACCGCCAGGGAUAAGAGGAAAGUCAGGACCUUCAGGACAACCAGGUGAUCCAGGACCCCAGGGACCACCUGGCCCUCCAGGACCAGAGGGCUUUCCAGGAGACAUUGGGAUUCCUGGACAAAAUGGACCUGAAGGACCAAAGGGACACCUUGGAAGCAGAGGGGCCCCUGGACCUCCAGGUCUGAAAGGAGCUCAGGGAGAAGAAGGACCAAUUGGGCCCUUUGGAGAAGUGGGAUCAAGGGGAAAACCAGGUCGAAAAGGGAAUAUGGGUGAACCAGGGCCAGAAGGCUUGAAGGGAGAAAUAGGAGACCAAGGAGAUAUUGGGAAAAUUGGCGAAACAGGUCCUGUUGGUUUGCCUGGAGAAGUAGGGGUAACUGGAAGCAUUGGUGAAAAGGGAGAGCGUGGAAGUCCAGGCCUACUUGGUCCCCAGGGGGAAAAAGGUGUCAUGGGCUACCCAGGUCCUCCUGGGGCUCCAGGACCGCUGGGCCCAGUGGGCUUACCUGGUCUUGUUGGGGCAAGAGGUGCACCUGGGAGUCCAGGCCCUAAAGGACAAAGAGGACCCAGAGGACCAGAUGGCCUCCCAGGAGAUCAAGGUGGACAUGGUCCCAAGGGUGAAAAAGGAACUCAAGGAAAAAGAGGGCUUCCAGGUCUUACUGGUAAGACUGGAAGCCCUGGGGAGAGGGGCGUUCAAGGAAAACCAGGCUUACAAGGACUCCCUGGCAGCUCAGGAGACAGGGGGCCUGCCGGAGAACUAGGGCCACGAGGACUGCCUGGUAAUGCUGGACUUCCUGGAGAGAUGGGUGUGGAGGGACCUCCAGGCACUGAGGGAGAAUCUGGCCUGCAAGGUGAACAAGGAGCUAAGGGAGAUGUUGGACCUGCUGGAAGUGCUGGAACAGCUGGGGAGCCAGGGUCACGCGGUGAACCAGGAGCUCCUGGAGAAGAAGGUCUCCAAGGAAAAGAUGGAUUAAAGGGAGCUCCUGGAGGAAGAGGACUUCCUGGAGAAAGUGGAGAAAAAGGAGAGAUGGGCUUACCAGGAACAGCAGGGCCCUCGGGUACGCCAGGUCAAAUGGGUCUUCCAGGACCUGAAGGAAAUGUGGGAACCCCAGGACAAAGAGGUCGACCAGGGAAAAAGGGUGAUAAAGGACAAAUAGGACCCAUGGGAGAAGUCGGAAGCAGAGGCUCCCCUGGACAAGUUGGGGGAAGCGGCCCUAAAGGUGCCAGAGGAACUAGAGGUGCUGUGGGUCCAUUAGGAUUGAUGGGACCUGAAGGAGAACCAGGGAUCCCUGGAUACAGAGGUCAUCAAGGUCAGCCAGGACCCUCUGGAUUGCCAGGACCUAAAGGAGAAAAGGGCUACGCAGGAGAAGACAGCCAAGUCUUAGGACCUCCUGGGCCCCGAGGUGAACCAGGACCAGUGGGGGAACAAGGAGAGAGAGGAGAGCAUGGAGACGAGGGCUAUAAGGGCCAUGUGGGUGUGCCAGGACUCAGAGGUGCCAGUGGACAACAAGGGCCUCCAGGUGAACCCGGCGACCAGGGUGGACACGGACUGAAAGGAGAGAGAGGAUCUGAACACGCUUGUCUUAAGAACUUACCGUUCCAGGCUGAAACAGUCCCGUCUGGGGUAACUUCAGAUGAUCUCUCAGAAGUACGCCUGGGUCCUAAGGGGAAAAAAGGAGUUCCUGGUCCUUCUGGGAAACCUGGCAUUCCCGGACUUCCAGGUCUUCCUGGACCAAAAGGCUUGCAAGGCUACCAUGGAGUAGAUGGCAUGUCAGGAAACCCUGGAAAGCCUGGGAUACUGGGAAAACAAGGACUUCCGGGUGUCACAGGCAGCCCAGGAAGAGCAGGACUGGCUGGAGCCCCAGGUCCUCGAGGAGGAAAAGGUUCAUCAGGCCCUCCCGGAAGCGCCGGUGCUCCAGGCCCAAAGGGUGAACAAGGGCUGCCUGGUCAACCCGGGAUUCCAGGUAAAAGAGGUCAGCGAGGAGCACAAGGUGACCAAGGACUACAUGGAGACCCUGGUCUGAAAGGGCAGCCAGGAGAACAUGGGGACCAAGGGUUGACAGGUUUCCAAGGAUUCCCAGGCCCCAGGGGUCCGGAGGGGGAUGCUGGUAUGGUUGGAAUUGUAGGACCUAAAGGUCCCACUGGGCAGAGAGGAAACACUGGCCCUCUGGGCAGAGAAGGUAUAAUAGGCCCGACAGGUGGAACUGGACCCAGAGGUGAAAAAGGCUUUAGAGGUGAAACUGGUCCCCAAGGACCAAGAGGACAACCAGGACCUCCUGGUCCACCCGGAGCACCUGGUCCAAGAAGACAAAUGGAUAUCAAUGCUGCUAUUCAAGCCCUGAUUGAAUCAAAUUCUGCCUUGCAGAUGGAGAGUUACCAGAAUACUGAAGUGACUUUAAUCAACCACAGCGCAGAGAUAUUCAAAACCCUGAGCUACCUUAGCAGUUUACUGAGCAGCAUCAAGAAUCCUCUUGGCACACGGGAUAACCCAGCACGGAUCUGCAAGGAUUUGCUCGGCUGUGACCACAAGGUUUCAGAUGGAAAAUACUGGAUUGAUCCAAACCUUGGAUGUUCUUCGGAUGCCUUUGAGGUUUUCUGCAACUUUAGUGCUGGUGGCCAGACAUGUUUAUCUCCGGUUUCUGUGACAAAGCUGGAGUUUGGAGUCGGCAAAGUGCAGAUGAACUUUCUUCAUUUGCUGAGUUCAGAAGCCACCCACACCAUCACCGUUCACUGCCUGAACACCCUGAGGUGGACAAGCAUACAGGCGGGCGCUCCAGGCUUGUCUAUCAGCUUCAAAGGAUGGAAUGGUCAGAUUUUUGGAGAAAACACUCUACUUGAACCUCAAGUCCUCUCAAAUGACUGCAAGAUUCAGGAUGGCAGCUGGCACACGGCAAAAUUCCUUUUCCACACCCAGAAUCCUAAUCAGCUCCCCGUGACUGAAGUCCAAAGCCUUCCUCAUCUCAGAACUGAGCGAAAGCACUACGUUGAAAGCAGUUCCGUGUGCUUUCUCUAAGGCCUCUGCUGGGGCGCGGAAGCUGGGCUGCUGCUCAGGUAAUUGCCGAGGGAGAAGUGUAGACAGAAACGUGUGUCGUUAUGAAAUGUGGGAGGAAAAAGACGAGCUAAAUCUUCAGAACUCUCAGGAAGAAAAGAUUUCCUCCUAAGGAGAAAAGGCAUUUUUUUAAAGGACUAUGAUUGAUAAUGUAUUUAAUUCUCUUACAGUUUUUUUGUUUUUUUUUUUUUUUUGGUCAUUGAUCUGCGUUUUCGUAAAGAAUUCCCUAGGAUGGAAAAUUUCUAAACUUGGAAUUCUUGAGGGUGUCCUGUGCUUUCGUCCCUUUAGACAGCUGGAGCUGUGGGGAACUGGGGAGCAGUACUGGAUAGUGCUCCAGGCGGUGUGAUGUGUCUGUCUAAACCUCGCCAGCCACAGUCUGCAGCGCCUUCUCUUCCCAAACACUAAGCUGUAUUCGGUCCCCCCGUGGGCAUAUAAAAAUCUUAGCCGGUGUACACUACCUCUUCCGUGUUGCCCUUUUGUGUUGCUUGGUGCUGUUUCUCAGAACAGGGUGCUGUGGCUGUCACAGACUCUCUUAUUCCUUUCCUCAACUUCGUCAUUAAGAGUGUAUGUACUGGUUACAUCAAGAUGUCUUAGUUGUUAACGCUUAUUUCCAUUUGUUUGGUCUCCCGCUGAAUAACAAGUAAAGCUAUUUAUGCCAAGUCCUUAUUUUAUUUUAGAAUUCUCUUUGUGCACACGAAGUCAAGGCCAGCAUGUCCUAACUGGUGCAUACUCACAAGAGAAUUGGGGUGUUUCUUUGGGGUUUUCUGUUUUGUUUCAUUUUCUUUAAAUUGCUGUAAAGAGUACUUAAGGCCACCUAUAUCCCGUGGUAGAUUUGGGUUAUUGUUUGUGAUGUACUGUUUUAAAACUCCAAGAUCAUCUGGAAUGAUAUUUUGUAUAUAUAUAAAUAUUGUGUAAAGUUUUGAUUCAGCCAACCUUUUGAAAACUGCUGCUGUUUUAAAUUAUAAAACUUUAUAUUUAUGCUUUGUAGAAAAUAUUUGCUCUUUAGUAUUCAUUGAUUUUUUUUCACUGUUCUUAAAUAUAAUGUUAGUGCUUAAAAGAAUUUUAUAGUCUUUCCAACAGCAUUAUGAAUUGAGGGAGUCUUUUUCCACUAAAACAAGCUUGGCCCAUUCAGACUUUUGCUGUCGUCAGAGAAAAAUGAUAGUUCAAUAUUAAAAGAAAAAGAUUAUGCCGCUUGCUGUAUGGACGAGCCUGUUGUUCAUCUAUUACAAGCAUACCGUUAACCUCAACCAACCACAUUUACCUAUCUAUAAUAAAGAGGUGCUUUAAAUCA